AUGAUGACAGGGGCAAAAAGGAAGAGAAGUACAGUCUGGAGGAAGAUCCAGGCUGUUCGCUUAGAAGAUAUCAAAGCCUGGUGUAUGAGGAGGCUGCCUAUCUUGACAUGGGUGCCUGUCUACAACUGGAAGGAAAAUCUGGUUCCUGAUACUGUUUCUGGGAUGAUGCUAGCCAUCCAACAGGUGACUCAAGGGCUGGCCUUUGCUGUUCUGUCUUCAGUCCAUCCAGUUUUUGGUUUAUAUGGAUCUUUUUUCCCUGUCAUUAUUUAUGCCAUAUUUGGAAUGGGACGUCACGUUGCAACAGGAACUUUUGCUUUAACUUCCUUAAUAUCUGCCAAUGCAGUUGAGCGUCUUGUUCCUUCAGUCAGAACUAAUUUCACAGCAAACAAUAAUUCAGGAAUUUUGGGUUUGUCAGAAUUUGAAAUGCAGAGGAUUGGAGUUGCAGCAGCAGUUUCAUUUCUAGGUGGAAUCAUUCAGGUAGUGAUGUUCAUGCUGCAGUUGGGCAGUGCCACUUUCUUGUUAACAGAACCUGUCAUAAGUGCCAUGACAACAGGAGCAGCUACACACGUCGUGACUUCGCAAGUGAAGUAUCUGCUGGGAAUGAAAAUGCCAUAUAUAUCGGGACCACUGGCAUUUUUUCAUAUUUAUGCCUAUGUGUUUGAGAAUAUCAGAUCAGUUCAGUUGGAGGCAUUACUUCUCUCCUUGCUGAGCAUUGUGGUACUUGUUCUUGUCAAAGAACUGAAUGAGAAAUUUCACAGAAAUAUUAAAGUUGUCCUUCCCAUCGAUCUGCUUUUGAUAAUUGCUACAUCCAUUGCUUGCUACUAUGCUGAUAUGGAAUACGUCUACGGGAUAGAAGUUGUGGGAAAUAUUCCUAAAGGGUUGCCAUCACCAAAAGCACCAUCCAUGAGUGUCCUGCCUGAAGUAGUCACUGAAGCUUUUGGAGUGGCACUGGUUGGUUAUGUUGCCUCCCUAGCUCUUGCUCAGGGCUCUGCUAAAAAGUUUAAAUACACUGUGGAUGACAACCAGGAAUUUUUGGCUCAUGGCCUCAGCAACGUGAUUGCUUCAUUUUUCUUUUGCAUACCAAGUGCUGCAGCGAUGGGACGGACGGCCCUUUUAUACAGCACGGGCGCCAAAACACAGGUGGCUUGCCUUAUCUCUUGUGUAUUAAUUCUUGUGGUGAUCUACACAAUUGGACCUCUGCUGUACUGGCUUCCUAUGUGUGUGUUAGCAAGCAUUAUUGUUGUCGGCUUGAAGGGGAUGCUAAUGCAGUUCCGUGACUUAAAAAAAUAUUGGAAUGUGGAUAAAAUAGACUGGAGCAUCUGGGUUAGUACCUAUGUGUUUACAAUAUGCUUUGCUGCUAACGUGGGACUGUUGUAUGGCGUUGUGUGCACUAUAGCAAUCGUGAUUUUCCGCUUUCCCAGAGCAAAGACACUGAAUUUGAAAAAUAUGAAAGAGGUGGAAUACAAAUACAAAGUAGAAGAUAAUUGUGAGUCACUAAAACAGGUAAAAAUAGUUUCAGUCAACAGCCCGUUAGUCUUUUUGAAUGCCAGAAAAUUUCACGCUGACCUGUUAAAGAUAAUCCAGAAGGAUGGCAUGAGCAGCCAGUGUGAGCAGAACACAUUGCUCUGUUCAUUUUCCAAUGGAAGUUGCCAUGGUGAGUUGGUGCAGCCGUGUCACAGUGAGAGACAUGUUUUGAUAUUAGACUGCAGUGGACUGAAUUUCUUUGACUACACUGGAGUCUCCGUGCUUCUUCAGAUUUACGUGGACUGUAAAAACAGAUACAUCGAUGUGUUGCUAGCACACUGCAAAGGUUCCUUGAUAAAAGCAAUGCAGUAUGGUGGAAAUCUUGACUCUGAAAAUCCUGUAUUUUUUGAAUCUAUUUCUUCAGCAAUUGAUGCCAUUCCGAUUCACAGGAAUUACAGCAAGUUCAGUGAACAGAGUGAAUUGUGA